AUGACAAAGAAACUAUAUAGCAUUUGUUAUAGGGGAAUGUAUGGAGAAUUGAUAAGAUUGAUCCUAGCUAAAAAUCUAUUCACUGCUAAUGAAGUACUACAAGGAUGUUUAUACCAUGUGAAGACAUUAUGUGAGGUGGCUAGAAAUGGAGGUAAAGAUAUGGAAGAAGACAGUAUUAUAACACUUGUAGACUUGGAUAAAUCUCUUACUUUAACCCUGGAAGAAUUUAAAACCAAACAAAUCAACCAAUGUAACAAAGCUUUAAAUCAACUCAAUCUAUUGAGAGAAAGUGUUAUUGAUAUUGUAUGGCAGUCCUGUGCAGCAGUAGCUGAAAUGGAAGGGGUAGAAUCUGGUAUAUACCCUGAUAAUGGAGAGAAGAAAGUAAGAAUUGAAAACCCCACAUCAGAUACAAGUAGACGUACUUCAAGAUACAAGUUAAAAACUAAUAGAGGAGCUAUUCCAUUACUAGAUAUUAAACCGUCUAAAUCUGAUAAUAACAAGCCAUUAUAUGCUGAAAUAGCCAAAUGGAGAAAGAUACUGGCCAGAAUGGCCUCGUUUUUAAAAGCUGUUGAUUAUUUGUUAAUGGAUUUAUUAAGAUUUCUUGUUAAAGAUGGUGUUCAGAAAUUAUUAAAUCAUUUUAUGGUCACGUAUCAUGCACCUGAUGAAGAGGAAGAGGACAAGUAUAUGCUACAUUAUAAUAUAACAUUAGUUAUAACAUUUGCUAUAUGA